CUGAAGCCGCCGCGCCAGCGGUCGGCCCAAGAAUUUAAGGGCGAGCCCUGGCUUUUUCUGUCGGUGGAGCUGCCCUACGCUAAACAAAGCUGGGGGUUGCGAUGCAGUGGUGUAGUCUGACAACCAGUCCUUCCCGCCGCGAGAUACCUGGAAUACGGGACCGAGGAAAUGGCGAAUUCGUAAGAUUGCAGAGGACUCCCUGAAGGACAGAAUGUCGAAGCUGGGGAAAAAAAACACAUUCAGCUGUGUUAAACAUUCAGAGUUUACAGGUGAACCACCAACAAAUAUUUAUGCAUUUAAAUAAUUUGACCUGAUCCUGUCUGUAAACAAGAUGAAAGCAUCCACAGUCAAAAAGAAGGGUGAAAUUGCAGUAAUCAUGGAGGUUCCUGCCAGGAUUCUACAACCUGAAUCACCCUACCUCUCCCAAAUGCCAAGGAAGUCUCUAGAAGCUUGGAGUUUCGUCCGUGUCCUGUUCUUCAACCUACAGAAUGCACAGAUCUGUUGGUUUGCUCGCUCGCUCUGCCCUUCUCUCUCCCAUCGUGUGUGUGUGUGGAAAGUUUUGGAAGGGAAAUACCCAACACAGGUGAACUCUGACACACCUCACUAGUCUUUUUUUUUUUUAACAGCUUUAAUGUACGCACCACAAAACCCAUCCGUAGAUGGAUUGUAGCAUUUUACUUCUAUAAUUAUUCCCAGUAAAUUCCCAGAGUUGUGCAACCAUCACCUGGUUUAGUCUUUAAUCAGACCUUCUGAAGUUUACGAAGUUUCUGUAAUGACCCUUAGUGGUCUCAGAAAUGCGUAACAAUAAUGGUAAAUGAUAGUGAAAUGCAGGCAGUAUAGAAUUUUCUUUUUCCACAGUCCUGGGUUCCCUGUCACCCAGAACAUUCUGCCGCUGUAUUUAGCCCGGGGAACGGAAUCACAGGAGCUACAGGACCUCAUAGAAAAAAGUACCGACACCUCUUGGGCCGCGCGGCUGCCGCCUUACGGACCCUCAGCCCGCCAGUGGGCGGGGUCUCAAUUCUCAAGCAAUCUCUGCGACCGCAGGGGUCCUCUCGCCGAGAGCUUCCGGAAAGGGGCGGGGCGGGGCCUGGCCUCCGGAACUUUUCGGACGGAGGCGGAGUCUUCUGCCGAGGGCCGUUCGGAAGAAGGCGGGGCCUACCUCGCAUCAGGACCAGUCUGGCUGCACCUGCAUCCUUCGCUCAGAGCAUCCCUGGAGCAUCUUAGGAGGCGGCCGCAGCUGGCGACCAGGGGCCCGACCGUCGCAGGAGGCGUCCGCCAGACACCUUCCCCCUCCCCUGAGCUAGCGCUCUACAGCGGCGGCCUCGGUGCUGACCGGGCGCCCCCAGACUUGUCCCACCCUCGAAAAAGCGUUUAUAGCAAUAGCCUCUGGUUACGACAUGGCUGAGAUCACCAAUAUCCGACCUAGCUUUGAUGUGUCCCCAGUGGUGGCUGGCCUCGUCGGGGCAUCUGUGCUGGUAGUGUGCGUCUCGGUGACCGUCUUUGUGUGGACAUGCUGCCAUCAGCGCGCAGAGAAGAAGCACAAGACCCCACCGUAUAAGUUUAUCCAUAUGCUCAAAGGCAUCAGCAUAUACCCAGAGACCCUCAGCAACAAGAAGAAAAUCAUCAAAGUGCGGAGAGACAGAGAUGGCCCUGGGAGGGAAGGGGGGCGCGGGAAUGUGCUGGUGGAUGCGGCAGAGGCUGGCCUGCUGGGCCCCGACAAAGGGCCCAAGGGACCCAGCUCCGGCUCCUGUAUAGACCAGUUACCCAUCAAGGUGGACUAUGGGGAAGAACUGAGGAGCCCCGUUGCGAGCCUGACCCCCGGGGAGAGCAAAACCACGUCUCCGUCAUCUCCAGAGGAGGAUGUCAUGCUAGGAACCCUCACCUUCUCUGUGGACUAUAACUUCCCGAAAAAAGCCCUAGUGGUGACGAUCCAGGAGGCCCACGGGCUGCCGGUGAUGGACGAGCAGACCCAGGGUUCUGACCCCUACAUCAAAAUGACCAUCCUUCCCGACAAGCGGCAUCGGGUGAAGACCAGAGUGCUGCGGAAGACGCUGGACCCUGUGUUUGACGAGACCUUCACCUUCUACGGCAUCCCGUACAGCCAGCUACAGGACCUGGUGCUGCACUUCCUUGUCCUCAGCUUUGACCGCUUCUCCCGAGAUGACGUCAUCGGGGAGGUCAUGGUGCCACUGGCCGGCGUGGAUCCCAGCACGGGCAAGGCGCAGCUGACCAGGGACAUCACCAAAAGGAACAUCCAGAAGUGCAUUAGCAGAGGGGAGCUCCAGGUGUCUCUGUCCUACCAGCCCGUGGCACAGAGGCUGACCGUGGUGGUCCUCAAAGCCCGACAUCUGCCGAAAAUGGACAUCACCGGUCUCUCAGGUAAUCCUUAUGUCAAGGUGAACGUCUACUACGGCAGAAAGCGCAUUGCCAAGAAGAAAACCCACGUGAAGAAGUGCACUUUGAACCCAGUCUUCAACGAGUCUUUCGUCUACGACAUCCCCCCUGACCUCCUGCCCGACGUCAGCAUUGAGUUCCUGGUCAUCGACUUCGACCGCACCACCAAGAACGAGGCGGUGGGGAGGCUGAUCCUGGGGGCACACAGCGUCACCAGCAGCGGUGCCGAGCACUGGAGGGAGGUCUGCGAGAGCCCCCGCAAGUCUGUGGCCAAGUGGCACAGUCUGAGCGAGUACUAGUCCCCCGGCGGGGACAGAGAUGCCAGACAGGAGUGGACUUGGAACCUCAUUUUAGUUGUAGAAGAUUUCUUACAAAACACACCCCACAAAGAACACCCCACAUGACCACAGCUGCAGAUCAGUUCUUAGCGAUGACGAUUUUUCUCCUUUGCAAGGCACUAGAAAUCCUUUUUUUUUAACGGGGAAAAAGAGAGGGAAAGGCCUCACAAGUCUAUAUAUAACAAUGUAACCUUAUACUUGCAUGUCUAAUACAAACUGAAAUUAGCCUAACUGCCAAUAUCAAGUUACAGAUUUUGAUCCAUGAAAAUUGUGUUUUGUGCCGAAUUGUAUUUGCUGAUUACCUGAAAUUGGCCUCUUUUUUACUGGGCUUCUCUGGAGAGUGACUCCUGCCCCCCAGCUCGGCAGAAGGAUGCUGUUUUGCUCAGUGUCCUCACCCCCGUCUUGUCUCCUUCCCACCUCGGACAGCUCUGCUCUUUGAGCUCAGGGUGCAGAGGUCUGUCGUGAGCCAAGAAACGGAGUUGGGGUGGAUGAGGCAGGUGUGCAGGGGAAAGAGGAUUCGGGACGUGGGGUUCUUGCCGCCACACUCCUGCUGGGGGGGCUCAGGGGCAGUCCGGGGUUGACGUGCGAUGAAGUACAUGAACACAGCAGACUUCGAGGUAGAAUUCGGGUUUAUGAAACUAGGGGUCUUCUCUGGAGAGAGCUUCAAAGCCUUCCAGUCCGGCCAGGGUGGCUCCAGGGAGCUGGGGCGUUCGUUGUUCGUGGGUGUGGGCAGAAUGGUGCGUCCACCACCCCCUAGCAGCCCCAUGGCCGAAGGACAGCCAUCUGUUGGUGUGAAGGAUGAAACUGGCCUGGUUUUCCAGAAAUGCUGGCCCACGAGAAGCUUUAGAGUUUUCUCAGGUAGCUUAGAUGAGAUUGGUUUUGCUUCAUAAGGAAAAGGGCCUUCAGAAAUUAUUCUUUAUCCUUAAAUUUUUCAACUGUGGCUCUUAAAACUAAGGAAAUGAGUGAAAUGAGUAAAUGGGAGUUAAUGGGUAGUCGAGGUAACCUGGAUUCUCUUCUACCAUCCUGUGUCCCUCAUAACAGAGUGCUUAGUUCUUGGGUCUCACUGGGCGUCGAGACAAGGUGAAGGGCCGGAGGAGGCACGCGGUGCUGACCCCCUCCUGCUGGCGGGCAGCGCGGUGGCGAGGGAGCUGGUGUCUCGCCGGGAUCAGGGCUCCGGGCUCCCGGUCAGCCGCAGCUCCGGUGUCGAGACUUGUCAGAGGGCAGAGCCCGGGCCCCAGGCCAUGAGCCUGUCCGGACAGCAGAGCUCAGGUUAGCAGCCACCAGAGCCAAGGCCUCAGAGAGCAGGUCCACCCCUUCCGACCCACUUCUGAGGCUGCUGGGUGUCUGUGGACAGAGCGGCAACGGUGCGUGUGACAUUCUUUUAGCUCUUGUGGAUUUAAGACCAGUCUGCUCCCUGAAUCUUUUCGUUGUUCUUUUUAAAACCUGGAUUCUAAGCAGUGCUGAGCAGUUCUGAGCAGGCACAAAGCCCACUCUGUUCUUGUCCCUGCCCCCCCCCGCCCCCUUCAUCUGACUCACUCUCCCAUCAGUGUGUCCACACCACCCGUCUCUAGCCUAAACUCCAUGGAAUGUAAAUACUGUAUCAUACGUAGAAGAAAAUAAUUUUUGUUUUCUAAAAAUGCAUUUUAAGAUAGUUUAAUGUAAAUCUGACAGGAGCAUUCUGAAGCCCCAUUAGGAAAAAAAUCUUAAAUGCUUCCUCUUCAUCGCCUUAAUGUCUGAAGAUCAGAAAUUGCUGAGCAACCCGCUUUUGUUUCCUUCCCAGAAACAAUGCAAAGCAACAGCCGGUGAGAGUCUGGUCUUUGCCCUGCUGAGUGUGCCUCAGCAGCUCCUCCCGCCACAGGUGUGGGAAGGCCGCCUCACCCCACUCCGCCCUUCCCCAUCCCUGGUAGCUUUGUUGCUCCCACUCUUCGGGUCUGUGGAGCAGUGGGUGGGGAGGUGACCUGGCGGGAACCAGCAGACAGCACAGGGCUCUCCACCCUCCUACCUCACGCCUGACCCAUCAUGCCCUUGGCUUUGCUGUCCCAAAGUCUCUUAGCUGCCUUUGGCUUUCACACGUGCCCCUCCCAGAGCUAGCCGAUCCCGCCGAGGAGCAGCGCCUCCUCCCAAGAGUCAGUUGAAAGACGAGAGUCGCACCCGAGCUUUUGCACAAGGCACUCAUGGUCAGGAAUGGGUCAGGGAGCGACCGCUUCGGAUUUUCCAAGAGUCAGGACUUCUCUGCUGAUAUCUCGAUUCCUUUGGGAAGACAAGAGUUUUUCUUAAUAACAAAAGUCCCUUUAUGAGUUAUUCCUCCUUUCAGUUCUCAGUGGAGCACAGCCAAGAUGUACGUGUCCAGGAACAUGCUCUAGCUAGGAAAGCAGACAGAACUGGCUUGUGGGACAGGAGCGGCUUGCUCAGGGGAGGGAACGAUGCAGGUCUUUUCUUGGAAGGCUUUUCCUGUGGCCGCGACUGUGACACUGCCCGUUGCCCUCACCAGGGUCCUUCUCCA